CGUCGCGCCCGGCCACGUGACCGCCACCUCCCGCGGGAAGAGGCGGCGGAGCGGCCCAACGGCACUGGUGUGAGAUGCUGCCAGGUGCUGGUGUCUAUUACUUCCCAUGGGAGAUCAACAGCUCAGUGCCAGAGGGGGAGGCACUGAGGACAUUUGGCAGGUUAUGCUGCUACGACCUGGCCCGGUCCGAAGCCGUUCUCACUGCUCAGCACCACUCAACUCACUACCAGGUCUGUGUCAACACCGAGUUUGUGGAGCCAUUGCAAGCCCAGCUGGGAUCUCUCUACAUGCUCCUGGGAGAAGUUGAACACAGGGAAGGUGAGGGUCCCGUAGUAAAGGCACGAAUAUUGACCUGCGUGGAAGGGAUGAAUGUGCCCUUGCUGGAACGAGCCAUACAGGAGCAGAGGAAAUACUUCAACGAGAGGCAGGAGCAGAUGGGAAAGAGCACAUCCUGACAGCAGCUUUGACACCAGCCAUAUGCUGGUCCUUGCACUACCAUUUGCAACAAAUACAUUAAAAGUAAAUUUAGAAGGUGCAUUUUCAACAUACUGCUUUUUGCCAUGGCACAUAGCAAAGUAAAGUCACUAAGCCGGGAAACACUUGAAGACCGUGAGUCAGUAUGUGACUGUGGGUUGUCCAUUCAUACCAGGUGUCAUCACUGAAAAUAAGUCUGGGAAGCAGGUUUGUUGUUUGUUUAAAAGGGUGGUUAAGGAAAGGGAGUGCUUGAGUUAUACUGGUCCUUUUGUAAUGCAAGGCUUGGAGAUGUCAGAAAAAGGAGAAGCCUCCGAAUCUUGAGUUAAACAGUUCACACCCAGACCCACUACUAAAGCGCAGCGGAUUAGCAGGCUGUUGGCAGAUCAGAGGUAAAGGGCAUUAGCGCAGGGUUCAUUAGCCCUGUGUGGCUGUGGGUCCAUGAGUCCAUGCAUUUGGUUACCAUGACUCAGCUGCCACAUGGGAUCGUUCCUGGCAAAACACUCACAUACCUGG